AUGAUAAGACAGUACUCCAUCGCCAAUAAAGCUAAGUCAGCAUCCAUCAAGCAACCCAAGGAACUUUUGACUUACAACAGAGAUUUGGAUGGGAAUUAUGUUUAUGGAACUGAUGAGUUUACGUAUUAUUAUUUCCCUGAUGCUUAUAUCGAUAAGAGUUUCGACUUAAAAGGUGGAUUUUCAAAUUUCAAAAAAAUCCCUGAAGAAGAGAAUAUUGGUGAUUUCCAAUCGAUUUUGAACGGUAUAGUGAAGUAUGAACAAGCCCAUGGUAAAAUAGAUAGUGACAUUAUAAGUUUCCGGGGUAUUAUGACCAAAUUAAUGACAUUACACACUUUAAAAGAACCUUUCAAGCUUAAGUUGAUAACUUAUGAUGGACACAUUAUGAUCAAAAACGAUGACGAGUUCGAAUUGAACAAAAGAAAGUCCACCCCUACAAGUGAAUAUCAACAAAAAUGUGAAUAUUCAGGUUACAAGUUUGAAAAAUUAGUGAUGUUACCUAAACCAUGGCCUGAAUGUACCCGUAAAAUGAUUGAAAACAGACAUAAAGCUCAAGUAAAUAACUAUGAACAAACCAUCAGUGUAGUGAAGACCAGUAUUGGUAAAACAAAGUUAUUGUUGGCAGGAGAAGUGGAUGGGAUCUUUGAUUAUAAGCCUGAACAUAAUAAUUUGUCUCAUUAUAUCGAGUUAAAGACCAACAAGCUCAUUUACAAUGAAAACCAAGCUAAAAACUUCGAGACCAAAUUAUAUAAAACUUGGGUCCAGUGUUUCCUCUUAGGGAUCAAGAAAAUCGGUGUAGGAUUCAGAGAUGAUAAUUUAUUACUCAAGAAUAUUGAGUUAUAUGAAACUGAUGAAGUACCUUUAUUAUUGAAAGAUAAGAUCAAUUGUAUGACAUCAUUGAAGUUCUUCGCAGGGUUAAUGGAAUGGUUUAAUGAAUUGGAUAAGUCUAAGAACGCUAGUUAUAGUGUUAGUUUCGAUAAUGAUCACGUGGUGGUGUUGGAAAGUCAAGAAUCAUUUGAAAAAGAGUUUUUAUCUGAAGAGUUUGUUAGUUGGAGAGAUAGUCUUCGAGUGUAA